CAUGGAGGGUGCCGCAGGCCUGGAGUGUCUGGCCAGGCAGCCGGGGGCUGGGGUUCUGCGAGCCUUCUCCACCGCCGUGUCGCCGACCACUCGUGCCCCAGGACCUAGCCCGCGUACAACACAAAAAACAUCGAGAAGUCAGAGGGCACAGAGGAGAAAGGCACUGCCUCCUAGGACAGAGAAAAUGGCUGUUGACCAGGACUGGCCCAGCGUGUACCCCAUUGCAGCGCCAUUUAAGCCCUCUGUAGUCCCUCUUCCUGUUCGAAUGGGUUAUCCAGUGAAAAAGGGUAUGCCCAUGGCAAAGGAGGGCAAUCUAGAACUUCUGAAGAUCCCCAAUUUUCUGCAUUUGACUCCUGUAGCGAUUAAAAAGCACUGUGAAGUUCUUAAAGAUUUCUGCACGGAGUGGCCGGCCACACUUGACACUGACGAGAAAUGUGAGAAGCAUUUUCCAGUUGAAAUCGACACAGCUGCCUACGUUUCAUCAGGACCGUCCAUUUGCAACCCCAAGGCAUGAACAGUAACCUUAAGGGUUAAACUAUCCUGUUUGAAUUUAGAUGAUCAUGCAAAGAAGAAAUUGAUUAAACUUGUAGGAGAACGAUACUGCAAGACCAGUGAUAUGCUGACCAUCAGAACAGACAGGUGUUCUUUAAAGAGACAGAAUUACGACUGUGCAAUAUAUCUACUAACAGUUUUAUACCAUGAGUC